AGCAUGGCGGCGGAAAUCCGACGUGUCCUCCUGCGCGCGGGAUGCCCGCUUCUCCUCUUAGCUUUGCAGAUCGGUGCCGGUCCUGAAGUUUCCUGCACAUUUCAUGGCAAGAAGUACAAAGCAGGGGAAAGUUGGCAUCCUAACCUGGAGCCCCAGGGGGUCAUGUACUGCCUUAAAUGCACCUGCUUGGAGGAUACGAGGGUAAACUGCCAUCAGAUCGCGUGCCCAGUUCUUCACUGUCCAGAUCUCAUCAACGAACCUCAGCAGUGCUGCCCGACGUGCCUAGAGCUGCAUGCGCCCCCCGAAAUUCAGACGCCUCUUGGUUCUGCUUGCGAGUACAACGGGGCGCUGUAUGAGGACGGCAGCCUUUUCACCACGGACGAACCCUUUCCUUCCCGGCAGCCAGACCAGUGCAUCCAGUGUAGCUGUUGGGACGGGCAGAUUUACUGCGGCUUGAUAACCUGUCUGGAGCUGCCGUGCGCCACUCCCGAGAUGAUGCCAGGGUCUUGUUGCCAAGUUUGCAGAGAAAGUCCCCGUGAGAAGUUGACAGAAGUGCCCCCUUUAAUGAGAGGCGGUCACUUCCACGUGAUGUUGAAAUCUGGAUCCUGUCUUGGCUGCUUCCUGGUCCUCCAGGAGCAUUGGCUAUACCAGUCUACAGAGGCGUCAGAGGGCAAAGGAUCCCUGGUGAUGGGGGAGCCCCCCAGAAGUGCUUCACUGGAGUUGAUUCCCAAAACCAUCAAGCCGAAAGGGAGAUACGGCACAACCGUCAAAAUCAUUCUCAAAGAGAAGAACAGGAAAGCCUGUGUGUACAAAGGGAAGACCUAUUCACACGGGGAAGUUUGGCACCCCCAUAUCCAUUUUGCUCUGCCUUGCAUUCUCUGUACCUGCAGAGAUGGUGUUCAGGACUGCCAAAGGGUUACGUGUCCUAAACAAUAUACUUGUGGAGAACCUGAAGCUGUAGAAGGAAAAUGCUGCAAAGCGUGCCCAGAGGACAAAGUGAUGCCCACCAGGGGACUCGACACUACCCAAUACAGGGCGUCUGUCUAUGUCUUUGCUCCGCUGCCAACUUUGUCUGGCUUUGAGAAUGCCAAGGAGAAUUUAAGGAAGAUGGUGAUCGAGAGGGGGUCCUUGCCAGAUGUGGAAAUCUAUACCUGGAAGUUCACAGGAGGAGUAUUUCAACUGAUUCAGAUCAAGAAGGUCAAGAAACAAGAUCUGAGGCAAGAAGUGAAAAAUUUCUGGCUGGUUUCCAGAGCAAAUGAAGCUUAUUGGAACAUGCUUCUGCUCCAAGGUGCCGAAGUGAAGAUGACCGAAAGCCCCAACAAGGAGACCAAGAAUUUGUGA